CGGCAAAGAAGCGUCCACAAAGGUCCAGAGAUCUUUUUAGAGUCCUCAGUCGACGACGAUGACACUAAAACCUUUUUGCAGAAUCCAUUCAAUUCUUUAGCUUCAGUGAAACCACAAACGUCAAUCACCAGAGUUCUUGUGUGGUCGAUCGCUUGAUUGCAUCUUCAUCAGACUUCCUUGACACCAGUCGUGCGCUUGGAUACCGGUAGAAGAGAAGAAGCCACAGAAUACUUUUUCUCAUUUUUCUACAUUUUUGGGCCAGCAGAUAGAAUCUGAAUCAUUCGAUCAUUCUAUUCUAUCCAGUGUAUACCAUGAAAAUCUUGACUCCUGUUUUCGCGCUCAAGCAGGCCCUCCGCCAGAAGAGUGCCUUGUCGAGCGUUCGCCACUUUGGCGCUUCGGGUGAUGUUGUUCCUACUGCUGAUUCCAUGAUGGCCUUGUCCAAGGAACAUUGGCUGGAUUCUAGCACUGGUGUCUACAAAAACUACGUCAAGGGAUCCUUUGUGGAAGCCCAAGACUCGGGUACCUUUCAUUCCGUCUUCAAUCCAGCCACCAACGAGCUGAUUGGAAAAGUCCCCGACACGAGCGACGCGGAAUUUGACUCUAUAGUGGCAAAAGCUCAGACGGCCUUUGAGGAUUGGAAGACGGUUCCGGUCCAGCAACGACAACGAGUCAUGUUGGAAUACCAGCGAUUGAUUCGAGAAAAUACCAAUGAACUGGCUGGUUUGAUUACUCUGGAAAAUGGGAAAACCAUUGCCGAUGCCAAGGGAGAUGUCUUUCGUGGACUGGAAGUCGUUGAAACAGCAUGUCAGGCAGCUCCUCUUCUACUGGGAGACUCCUUGGCCGGCAUUGCCACCAAUAUUGACUGCAUCUCCUAUCGAGAGCCUUUGGGAGUUUGUGCAGGAAUUGCUCCCUUUAACUUUCCUGCCAUGAUUCCUCUCUGGAUGUUCCCUCUCGCAGUGACAGCUGGAAAUACCUUUGUGCUCAAACCAUCGGAAAAGACUCCCGGUGCUUCCAUGUUACUGGCAGAUUUGGCCACCAAGGCAGGUUUGCCCGAAGGCGUCUUGUCGAUUGCCCAUGGAGGAAAAUCCACCGUGGACAAUAUCUGUCGUCAUCCCGCAAUCAAGGCAAUUUCCUUUGUGGGUAGCAACGCUGCCGGAGAAUACAUUCAUGAAGAAGGAAGCAAACAUGGAAAACGAGUUCAGGCCAAUUUGGGUGCCAAGAAUCAUGCCGUACUGCUUCCCGAUGCCAGUCGAGACGCCACCGUCAAGGCCAUUGUGGGUGCGGCCUUUGGGGCGGCGGGACAACGAUGCAUGGCUCUGAGCACGUUGGUAUGCGUUGGAAAGACGCAGGAAUGGAUUGAUGAUAUUGUACAGGGAGCCAAAGAAUUGACAGUGGGAGGUGGAUUCGAUGUGGGGGUUGAUGUAGGACCUCUCAUUUCGACGCAAUCUCAAGAACGGGUCCAUCAUAUUAUUGAUCAAGCAGCCAAAGAGGGAGCCCAGGUACCACUGGACGGACGGCAGAAAGGGAACGUAGAAGGAUACCCCAAUGGCAACUUUGUCCAUCCCACGGUGCUCGCCAAUGUCUCAACGGAGAACAUUGCUUACCGAGAAGAAAUCUUUGGACCCGUCUUGACCUGUGUGGAACCGGUGGAUACCCUGGAGGAAGCCAUUCAACUCAUCAACGGCAAUCCGUAUGGGAAUGGAGUCGCCUUGUUCACAUCGAGUGGUGCUGCAGCACGAAAGUUCACUCAUGAGAUUCAGGCCGGUCAAGUGGGCAUCAAUGUACCCAUUCCCGUUCCCUUGCCCAUGUUCUCCUUCACAGGAAACAAAGCUAGUAUCCGAGGAGAUAUCAACUUUUACGGAAAAUCUGGGGUGCAGUUCUACACGCAGCUAAAGACAGUGACCACCAAUUGGCCCGUUGACGAGAAUACGGAUCUGGGAGGCGUCAUCAUGCCCACCAUGGGUAAGAAAUAAUAGAGAAUCAAUGAAAUAAGCAAUAGACACAAGUUUGCAUUCU